UUCAAUUAUCACAAUGUACAAAUUGAAAUCACCAAGUAAAAGAUAAUCGUCAAAGAGGAAGACUGGCGGGGUUUUCUCUGUAUGUAUCGAACACGACAAAAAUACAAAACAGUUAUCUGUGAUACAAAGACGAAUCAGAAUGACCCCCGUUGGAUUUUACCAAUAUCUGUACCAUUCAUGGACGAUAUGUUACAUUUUAUAAUGAAAGAAAUAAGCCGCAAUAUCCUAACGGCUACGAGACUACCAUUAUAACAGAGUUAUGUGAAGUCAAUGUUAUUGGUUGUCAAAAUGAUGGAUAUUAUGGUCAAAACUGUGAUCUUGCAUGUCCUCUCAACUGCCAGAACAGAAGAUGUCAAAUUAUAAACGGAACCUGUCUUGGUUGUACAUCUGGCUGGAUCGGAGAUUUCUGUAACAAAAGUUGUAUGUUUGGUUACUAUGGUAUGGAGUGUAAAACAAAAUGCACAGGACAUUGCCUUGCUGGUUCUUCCUGUAAUCAUAUAAGUGGAAAAUGCGAUCAUGGAUGCGAGGAAGGAUGGAUGAUACCAAGUUGUGAUCAACCCUGUCAGGAUGGGUGGUAUGGACCUAACUGUUUGUAUAAAUGCAGCAGUCAUUGUAAAGAUAAUUCACCAUGUGACAAGGCAAUUGGGAAAUGUGAAAGUUGUGCAUCUGGGUACACUGGAACAUUUUGCAAUAAUUUGUGUUCAAAAGGCACGUAUGGUCAAAAUUGUUCUGAUAACUGUAAUAUCAAAUGCCGAGGUCAAAACAGCUUCCAUGAAAAUGGUUUUUGUACUAAAGGAUGUGAAGAUGGAUACCAGGGAAACACCUGUACGGAAAAGUGCAACGAUGGAUGGUAUGGGGGAAAAUGCUCCAGACGUUGCAGCUUUCAUUGCCAAAGAGAAUCCUGUCAUAACGUACAUGGAGAGUGUCACUAUGGAUGUAAACCGGGAUGGACAGGUUCACAUUGUAGUCCAGAAUGUGACAAUGGAUUUUAUGGUAAUAACUGCUCAAAAAGUUGUUCGAAUUGCCUCAACAAAACAUGUUAUUCUUCCAACGGUAUUUGUAUUCAGGGGUGCGGUGACGGUUUUAUUGGUCAAAGAUGCCAACAACCUUGCUCGCAGGGAUGGUAUGGUCGGAAUUGUUCCCAUUCGUGUCACCGUAACUGUAGAAACAAGUCAUGUGACAACGUUCACGGUGCGUGUACAUACGGUUGUGAGGCAGGAUGGAUGGGGUUAAACUGUUCAGAUGAGUGCUAUUAUGGAAGGUAUGGAGAGGAUUGCGAACAAAUUUGUGGUAAAUGUGCUUUCAACCACACGUGCAACAGGACGAAUGGGGCUUGUUUAAUUGGUUGUGCAGAACCAUUUACUGGAGUAAAAUGCGACAAGAAUAUGGAAACGAUUCUUAAAUUGGUAGCUGCUAAUUUUUCUGGGAGUGAUUCUUAUUAUGGCCAUGUCAUAGCUUUGUCAAUAUUGUUAGCUUUAUCACUAGUCAUCCAUAUAUCUACUUCUUUAAUCGUACUCCGAAGAAAAUACUUUCAAAGUGGAUUGGAAGCAUCAAGACAGUAUGCUAAACGUGGUGACGUAUGUGCUACAAAGACUGAAAACACACAUACCUAUCAGGACCUAAAUGUUAUAAAUAGUGACAAAAAUACCUACCAAAAUCUUUCGUUUGAAAAUACUUUGUAGAAUAAAUAAAUAAAUAUGAUAAGUUCAUAACAAAGUCUUCAUUGUAUCUGUCAAUAUUUUCUUGAAAAUAUUCUGUCUUCAAAAAGUGAAUGCAUUAAUCAUUCAAAAUUAUGAACUGUAAAAUGCUUAUAAUCGCGAGAACUUUAUCUAUGCAUCAUCGUUCUAGACAGUUUUCUUACGAAGUACCAAUCGCGUAUAUUGGCAUACCUUAAAAUAAUAAUAUCCACAAUUCACUUUCUGUCUCGCUAAUGAAGUCAAUGCCUACCUGGAGAAAACAAGGUUUUGCGAUAUUUUAGCGACCUACUGUUUAGAAAAACUAUGCUCUAAACCCCAAUAAGAUAACGAUCUUUGAUACUACAUAUUCC